GGAGAUCUUCCUCAUCGGCCCUGACAACACGCUCUACGAGGGCGGCAUGUUCAAGGCGGUCAUGGAGUUCCCGAAGGACUUCCCGGACAUGCCGCCGUCCAUGACGUUCACGACGAAGAUGUGGCACCCGAACAUCUACCCGGACGGCCGCGUCUGCAUCAGCAUCCUCCACCCUCCGGGCGACGACCCGCAGAACGAGCAGGAGACGGCGGACCUGCGCUGGCGACCAGUGCUCGGCGUCGAGUCCAUCCUCGUCAGCGUCAUCUCCAUGCUCAGCGACCCCAACGACUCGAGCCCCGCGAACAUCGACGCCGCCGUCCAGUGGCGCGACGCCAACGCGGACUUCAAAAAGGAGGUCAAGCGCCUCGUCCGCCGGAGUCAGGAGGAGAUGUAGGCGGGGGG